GCACGCCUACGCUAAAUAAAACCAUCGACGGUAAUCCUUCAUUACUAGAACCUGAUGCGGGUACUCUCUGACUGUUAGCUAGCUAGUAUUUGCACUGUUAUAAUCAGAAAAUGGACAACUCGGGGAAAGAGAAGGAAGCGAUUCAGCUUAUGGCUGACGCUGACAAGAAAGUGAAAACUUCUGGCUCGUUCUUGGGAGGCAUGUUUGGCGGACCUCAUAAAGUUGAGGAGGCAUGUGAGAUGUACUGCAGAGCAGCUAACAUGUUCAAGAUGGCCAAGAACUGGAACGCUGCUGGUAAUGCGUUCUGCCAGGCGGCCCGGAUCCACAUGCAGCUCCAGAACAAACACGACUCGGCCACCAGCUUCAUCGAUGCAGGAAACGCCUUCAAAAAGUCUGACCCCAACGAGGCUAUCAAGUGCUUAAACGCAGCUGUUGAUAUAUACACAGACAUGGGAAGGUUCACCAUCGCAGCCAAACACCACAUCACCAUCGCAGAGAUCUACGAGUCAGAACUGGUGGAUAUAGAGAAGGCCAUCGCCCACUAUGAGCAGGCAGCAGACUACUACAAAGGAGAGGAGUCCAACAGUUCUGCCAACAAGUGUCUGCUGAAGGUGGGGGCCUACGCCGCUCAGUUGGAACAGUACGCCAAGGCCAUCGAGAUCUACGAACAGGUGGGAUCCAGCACCAUGGAUAACCCCCUGCUGAAAUACAGCGCCAAAGAGUACUUCUUUAAAGCCUCUCUAUGUCACUUCAUCGUGGAUGAACUCAACGCUAAGCUUGCUGUGGAGAAGUACGAGGAGAUGUUCCCAGCCUUUUCCGACUCAAGAGAGUGCAAACUGUUGAAGAAACUCCUGGACGCUCAUGAGGAACAGAACUGCGAAGCUUUCACAGAAGCAAUUAAAGAGUUUGACUCCAUCUCUCGUCUGGACCAAUGGCAGACCACAAUGCUGCUGCGCAUCAAGAAGACCAUCCAGGGGGACGAGGGGGACCUGAAGUGAGACUACACCGGGGGAACAUAUCACCACAGGGGCACACAUCAUGGCAUGCCACCCCCUCUCCCCCCUUACUCCCUCAUACCAUAUUGUUUUUGUGCAAUGACUGUCCAGGUUCUUAUAUUUACAGUAUGAGUUAGUUACAAGUUAACUUAAGCUGCAAUUUGUAGGCCUAUAGAGAAUCUGUAGAUGAGUAUGUGUACCCUGUUAAUUCUGAAUGUUAUAAUGUUGAAUUCUAUUAUAUGAAGUUAAUAUCGCCAAACCCUAGUUAGGAUGUGAAUCUACAGUCAUACCUCUUAAUGGAGGAUAGAUGCUGUACUAACGCAUAAUCACUGAUGUUACUAUUGAGAGCAUAAACACUGCAUGAUUUGUACAGUUGUAAUUCAUUAUUCUAUAGGUUCAGCAUAUGUGACUUAUCUAGAAAUUAGUAUUUAAAUAUAUUUAAAGAUUACUUUUAUGAGUUUGUGAGCAUUUUUUUGAUUUGUGAAUGUAUGAUUAUUUCCAUUGUCUUUCCUUGGCUUCCAACUUAAAUGUCUUAAAGGGAUUUAAAAAGGAGAUGUCCAUUACUUCAAUAUCAUAAAUGGUUCUUGUAAACUAAAGUAUUCCAGCCUGAGUGAUGACAAUUAAUUGUUUCAUAUCCAAAACACCCAGGAAAAAUGUAUUCUUAUUCUUGACAAGGACAAUUGAUACACAUUAAAGUUAGACAAUCAAGACAUGACCAGAAAGCAUAUUGGAAAUGCAGUAUCCAAAGUUGGCUUUGUUUUUUUUUUAUAUUUUUCCCAUAUCAUUUCUUAUUCUGUAUUAUUUACGAGGGUGUUCUCUACAAAUAUCAUCUUUACAAAUGUUUUGGUUAAUCUGCCAAUGUGAGGUGACUUCCUAAUUCUGCUUGUAAUUUUAUUUUAUUUUUUAAUGCAGAGCCAGGAAAAAAGCAAAGAAAGUCCCUUGCCCUCUUGUCAGAGCAGUGUCACUUCUAAACUCCAGCGUGUUAUUUCAGUGUAACUCAUGUCGAUGUGUUGUGAAGUUGUAACCAUGUUGGUGUAUACUAGUGCACCGUCCUGCUGGCCACUAGCAGAGCUGCAUGUCAUUGUGUGUGUAGUUUAUAGCAGUCAGCCUGCAUAUCAAGCUUCUUUCAGAUAGCAUAGUGCUCUUCUUUUUAUUUGGUCUGAGAAUGAACAGAAAUAAAGACAUAUCUAUCAUG